AUGGAAGUGGCUGUGGUUACAGAGGAAAGCGUGUGGUUAGUGCCAGAAAAUCAACCGUCAGUUUGGGACGAAAUCACCUGGAGAGUGAGAUUCAGCUCUGGAGUGCAGUAUCGGAUUGUGGAACUUGCUAAUAGGAACAGUUGUGUGGAGCUCAACACAGCCUCCCCGCUAGGUAGGAGAGUCACCUUCCACCCCAAGAAUUUCUCACUGCAGAUUGAGCUGGUUAACAAGUCGGACAGUGGUAACUAUUCCAUGGAUAUGACAUCUCCAUUCGGCACUACCCAUACCACCUGCUUCCGUGUGUCUGUGUUUGACCGAAUCCACCAGCCCAACCUCACCGCACUCUCUGCUCACGCAGAGCUCAGACGGUGCAACGUGACCCUGUCCUGCCAGGUGCAGGAUGCCGACAGAGUCGCUUACAGCUGGUCCCGAAGUACAUCCUCCAGUCCAGCCACAGGGGACCAUCAGCUCCCGGGGCAUCAAUCCCAGCUGCAGCUGGACAUCGCUGAGGGCAGCAAUGACACCUUCUAUCACUGCAAUGCCAGCAAUGCAGCCAGCUGGGGCACGGCCACCAUUGAUGUCAAAAUAGCGUGCCAUUACUCAGUUGUAGCUUCCAGCCGGCCAGGAGAGUGUCCCGUCACCAUCUAUGAUGAAGUGGAUGAGACUUGCUUCUGCAGAAAUUUGGAUGGGAAUGCACAGGGCAGCAUGAUUGGAAACACCAUCUAUUCAGAGGUCCUUGCCAAGGGACAGAAGCCAAACACCCGGGCUCCUAGAGAAAUAGGCUGCACCCUGUACAGCACCAUCCAGCCCCAUGCACAGCCAGACUCUGUCAAGAAGAGGAAACUCAACCCAGCCUUGACCUCGACUGUCUAUAUGGAGGUCAAUGAACCCUUCGGCAGACCCUUGCACCCUCCCAGCUCAGCUCUCCUUCCACCAAAGCGAUGCCUCCCUAUCCCAAGUGCUGGUGGCCUGCAUGCACCACAACAUUACAAUCUUUAACUGCUUUGGAUUUUGGAGCCAGCUCCUAGCAGAGUAGAAGAUGCUCAUCUGCUCAGAUCACCACCUGAGACAUGGCUCCCACUUUGACCCAAGUUCUUCCGAUGUGUAAAACUCCCUAGAUAUGGAAGCCUUCCAGUCCAGCAGUCAGAAGUGCAAUACCUCCAUCACAGGUCUUCUUGCCAUUUGGGGGGCAUGCCAAAUGUUGGUGAAACAAAUGCAUGGAGAGAGUUGGAAGAGAACAUCCAAUAUUUUCACCAGAACAGGGUCAUAUCAGGGGGUGUGCAAAGGUUUGGGAGGGAAGGAUGGUGUUAAAAAAGCAACCUUCCUUGAGUCAAUGCUCCUUUGUAGAUGCCUAAAGUAGGGGCAGGUUCUUUGCAUAAAGCAAUGGCGGCUGCUCUUUCCUUGCCUUCACUGAUUUUCAUAUAGUUUGUAAGGUAGUGAAGCAGGACCAAUGCAGAGGCUGCAUCCUCUCAGUCCUUGUACAUCUUAGGAGCAGCUCCCCUGAAGGCAACUAGGCAAGCAACUCUGUCCCACAUCUCAGCUGUGGGAUCCCAGUGCAACCAGGAGAAUUGCUAUCUGUGCUUUCAGGGAAGCAUCUACAUGCAGGAGACGGCCCCAGAGUCCGAUGUGUAGGUCUGCUACGGAUGGAGCCGCGUGAGGGCUCGAAUAUGAAUGCUGACGGAGGAGAGGGAGGGAAUGAGUUUUUUUGCAGGGACUGGAUUUCCUAGAAAGCUAAAUCUGUGAGGGUGCCGUCUGGGCCCAUACAAGGAUAGAUUAGUUAAGACCAGUAAGAGAGAGAUCAGACCAAGGACCAGACAGAUUAGUUCAGACCAGUAAGAGACAGAUCAGACCAAGGACCAUCUCUGCUUGCUGCACAAAGGGUGUUUGGGCAGGGGAGGGGUGUGCUUGCUUGCACACAUCACAGAUCUGCAGUCACUGUAUGAUGGGAUAACUCUCCUGAAGUGAAUGGCUCUACCCUAAUUGAAGAUCUAGACCAACACAUUGACAGGUGUGUAGCCAUAAGAUAAACUUAUCUUGUAUGGUAAUGGGAAGGAAGACCACUGCCCUUACAAAUAAAGUUUCCUGUAGG